CUUGGUACAUAUUGAGUGCUUCCUAGAGGCGGCUAUGUUCAUACCAUAGCUAACUAAAUCAAUAGUCAUCAAGAAAAGUAUGAGUAUGCUCUUUGAGACUCAUUAGCGGUCUAUGGCCAAAUCUUUAGACAACCGACUUACAUCUUUGGAGUCACGAGGGUAACACCAGUGGGAUUUGACCUAGCUUAGGAUGUAUGCCCUGUGCAUUCUACUUGGGUGACUGCAGCGAAGUAAACUGUACGACUUGUUAUAGGAAGAGAUCUAACUCCAGGUCAAUCAAUUUAUCAUUUAAUAAUCCGUAAAAAUCUAGGUUUCCACCGACCCGAAUAAUCUAGGGUUUUAGCUCAACAUAAAUGUGAAGAAGAUUACAAUUACAAAGGGAAAAGAAUAAACAAUCUUGUGGAUGAUCUCUUCUAAACUCUAAUGGAAUCUCCUAAAAAUGAGAUUGAGUUUCCUCUUUGUCUUUAUCUGUUGCAGAGCUUUCCAUAGUGAAUUUUUUGUGAUUAUACCUCAUAUGGGAGGAGUAAAAUGUUGUGGUCGAUUCUCUGGUUUUUUUUUUAAUAUUCGUCAAUAAAGGGAAGAUGGGCCACGGUGGGGUGUUAGACGGUCAACCAAACCCAUCAUGAGCCGGUCCACUCGUAUUGGGCCAGACUCCACUAUUGGGCCUACCUGGCCCACUACUAGGGUCCAUUGUAAAGUUCCAACAUUAUGGACCCUUACUUCUUCUCCUUCAUGGUUCUGAUCCACUCAUGCAUCCUUCCUUUGGAGUACUAAGGCAUGUAUACCAUGUAAAAUAUCCAAUUGGCAUCGAAAGCAUACAAACUCUCUUAGAAACGGUUAAAUGCAUGUCAGAACGAAUAUGAGAUACAAUCGUGGUACAAACAGAGUGUAUAGAUUCUCAGUCAAGGAAGUUUGGAUUGAUCUCCAAACUUGUAGUCCAGGAUUAGCAGGCUUCUUAAUUUGGACUAUUUACUCAAUUUUCCAACAUAGUGUUUGUUAGUCGAAACCGCAUUACCACUGUGGGAUACGCUAAAUUAGUGGGGGGCAAAGUAGGAUUUGGAGACUUGGGUCGCAUAUCAUUUUUCACCUUCCAUGCUCCUCCGAUGCUCUUGAACAAAGUAUGAAGUUUCCCGCCCAUCGGUCUGGACUCUGAUCGAGGCCACGAGGGUUACUUGAAUUGGGUCGUAAGUCACUUCGCAGGAAAGAACAUGAAGAAACACAUAUCGUGAUAUUAGCACAGGGAGAGAGCAACUAUGGCGCGUGACAAGUGCAUGAAAUACGCUGACACAGCAAACUGGAGAUUUGAUGAGCUGCGCCCAUGCCGACGCCAUGGUGGCACGAAUAGCGGAGAGGAAGUAAAGUAAGUGGUGCAUUAUCUGUUGACUUUUGAUGACUCUCGAGGAAGUUUCCCCAUCCCAUGAUCAGAAAGAAGCUUACUGUUAUUACUACGCAUUAAUUAAUAAAAUAAAAUAAAGAUUAAUGAAAGCUAUUACGUUCUUCUUGUCGGUCGAUUUUCUGAUUAUAUAUAAGUACAAGAGCCAUUUCCUCCUCUCCCCUCCCACAAAUUUCAUGCUCUAGCUCUCGAGAAAAGAGAUCGAUCGAGAAGCAAACUGAAAAAAUGGCGAGUUCCCGCUCCUACUGCCUUCUUCUUCUGUUGCUAAUCGCCUUGGACUCCUUCAGUUGCCACGUACUGGGAGCUAAGAAGCACUUGGAUGGGUUCCUGAACAACGGGAACUUCGAGGAGAGCCCAAAGCCCAGCAACAUGAAGAAAACGGUGAUCAAGGGCACCAGGUCGCUUCCAGGGUGGGAAACAAAGGGCCUGGUGGAGUUCAUCGCUGGUGGGCCGCAGCCCGGCGGGAUGUACUUCCCCGUAGCCCACGGGGUCCACGCGGUGAGGCUGGGCAACGAGGCGGCCAUCUCCCAGACCGUGGCCGUGAAGCCAGGCUCGCUCUACGCCCUGUCCUUCGUCGCCUCCCGAACCUGCGCUCAAAAUGAGGUGCUCACCGUCUCCGUCCCGCCGCAGUCCGGAGAUCUGCCGCUCCAGACAUUGUACUGCAGCAACGGCGGCGACACGUAUGCCUGGGGAUUCAAACCGAACACAACCCUCGUCAAGAUCACAUUCCACAACCCUGGUGCUCAAGAAGAUCCCGCCUGUGGCCCUCUCAUCGACGCUGUCCACCUUAAGGAGCUCCACCCUCCAUUUCCCACCCGAGACAAUUUGGUGAAGAAUCCAGGGUUUGAGGAAGGCCCCCGCAGGCCUUUGACCCACAGCGGCAACGGGAUCCUCCUCCCGCCAAAGCAAGACGACAAAGUCUCCCCACUCCCCGGCUGGAUCAUCGAGUCCCUCAAAUCCGUCAAGUACAUCGACGCGCAGCACUACAACGUCCCCGUCGGAAAGUCGGCGGUGGAGCUGGUGGCCGGUCGAGAGAGCGCCAUCGCUCAGAUCAUCAGGACCGUUCCGGGGAAGCUCUACGGCCUCACAUUCGCCGUCGGAGAUGCCAAAAACGAGUGCCACGGCUCAAUGGCCGUCGUCGCCUUCGCCGCCAAGGACAGCUUCACGGUUCCCUUCCAAUCCAGCGGGACCGGCAAGUUCAAGAACGCCAGCUUCAAGUUCAGAGCCGUCUCUGCAAGGACGAGGCUCACUUUCUUCAGCUCCAAUUACCAUACCAGGAAAGACGAUUACGUCUCCCUUUGCGGUCCGGUUAUUGAUCAAGUCAGGGUUGUUCCAAUUAAGGCCUAGUUACAUUGGGUAGAUCAAUAGUUAAUGCAUGUAACGUUUUCGUUGCUUAACCAGUUGCACUUGGGAUUAAUUAAACUACACACGAUGAUAGUCAAAUUGGAAACUCGGAACACGCAGCUCUAUUUUAUAUGUGAUACAUUUGAUGAUGUUUUUUCUAGUCACGACAACGUUAUCGGAAUCAGUGUCAAGUUUUUUCCCCCACUAUUGCAUGUAAUUUAACUUGUGGUGUGGAGAUCAACCUUGAAGUAAGAAAUUUCCAAUACUUUGCUCUUGAAUGAAACCCUAACUUUUCCUCCUUCUUGAUCUUGUUCAUCACUUUCUCAAUUUGGAAAUUUGAAGAAGAAGAAGUCUCUCUCACUAGGUUCUCCCCCCCCCCCCCUCCCCUUCCCUUUCAGCUCAGCCCUCCUUAUAUACCCAGAUCGACGACAUUUCACGGUCCCUCCCAGUUCACGGUCGUGAAUAUUGGGCUUGGACCGUGAUGUCAAGCAAAAGCAUGUCGUUUCGCUUAGGCGCUUCCCGGUCUGGAGCGGCCGCGAGGUAUGCAAAACCCUCCUGGACUCCAUGUGCUUAACGGUCUGCGCCAACCGAUGUUGUCAGAACCGAAGCGGAGCAUGACCCGGUAAUGCGAACGACUCGCACUUUAACGGUCAAACCGGCAUUAGACCGUUUAAAAACCGUUAGAGAACUGGUAUCUAAUAAACGUUAUUAGUAUAAAUAGUGGACAUUUCUUAAUCAGAGCUCAUCUCUUUCCUUCGAAAUUGUGAAAUGGAAAUAAGGAUUCAAUUUGAGAGCCCGACGUUUUUGGUUUAUUUCAAUUUUCAAUUUUCUACAAUUUUUUUAAUUAAAUUUAGUGGCUGAAUGAAAAAAACCGGACAAGCGGCUCGAUCGGCUCGAACGGUUAACCACCUCGGCCGCUCGCCAACCGCUACAUAAAACCGGAGCGGCUUUUAGAUUGUUCCGAGCCGGUUUUGUGACCGGGUGGCGGUUUUACCGGUCGGGCCGAGCGGCUUGGCUCGGCUUUAAUAACACUGGCGCCAACCACAAAAAACAUUCGAAUGCAUUAAGAACGUGAAAAUGAAAAGUUCUCACCCUGUUCACAAAUCAAUACCAGUCUCGACAUGACUAAUCACCAACCACAACUAACCAUGCAUAGAGUUCAAGUCCAAGAAACAAAUGAAUUGACGACAUAGGUAUUGCUUCAUGUUGCUUCAUAUUGCUUGUGGUUAGAGAUGACAACAAAACCCGAACGCACGGGUACCCACCCGACCCAACCCGGUCAACGCGGGUAAAAUCCGUGUUGACGGGUUUCGGGCCAGAUUUGGGUUUAAACUUGUUCACUAUUCAUCGUGUUUUGUUGGGUUUGGGUGUACCCGACCCAUGGGUACCCGCCCACACGCAUAUAAUCAAUUUUCCCGGUAUAUUAAAUAUUAUAAGCAAUUAAUCUUCUUUAUGUUUGUGGAGACAUAUCUAAUUUUUUCUUUCUAAUUGUGUAGAAUGAAGUUGAUAUUGAGUG